AAAACGGGGUCGUUCACCAUCGCGGGGGAAGUCCUGGGCUCUCGGGGCGUCUUUCUUUAGCCGGAGCGAUCGCGUCGGCGACUGGUCCCGCGGGAACGACUCGUCGACGAUGAGUCGUACUCCGACUGUUCUCUCCUCACUCUUUGUCUCUCGUACGUUCGUUUCGUUCCCAUUACCCUGCUGCUGCUGCUGCGGAUCACAGAAGGUCGAUAAUCAUGGGCUGAGACUUGCAUCGCCGGGUUUUUCCGGGCGUGAUUCCACCGGUCGUGUCGCCUCUCCCUUACUCACUCUCUCUUUCUCUCUUUCUCUCUCACGAUUCUCAUUCUACGUUGGUUCUGCUGCGAAUUACGGGACGCCCGCGACAUGGUUGCUUAACGAGUCCAGUGACUUUUUGUCGAUUGGUCAUCCGAUAAUUGGCAGCGGCCAAGCCGGAUUUUCGUCGUUUUCAUUGGUGGCGAGGCGAUCGGUGCGUCCGAUGCGCGAUCCACAUCCGAAAGAAUGACGGCCAAGUGCCGACAGGUGUUUUUGCUAAGUAAACACGGGAUAAUUGGCUGAAUGAUAGAUGAGGCACGUAGCAACUUCGCGAUACCACGUCUCUUAACGAGUAGUAAUAGACCAACGGCACCGUUUCAUUUCGACAAGAGACUGCGGUCCUUCUCCGCCGAUACUUUUUCAAAUCGUGAGUCGUCGUACGUUUUCCAUGGGGAAACGUUAUGGGUUUUCUGGAGACGCGUGCUGGUGAGCUCGAGAAUUUGAAUCGAGACAUCUCCGUUUCGAUUGUGUGCUUUGAUCGAUGAUCUGGUCCCGAUAAGGAAUCAAUAUCCGAUUAAUUCAUGGGAACGCGACGGACCUUAAUCGCCGAAUUCGCAACUCGAUUUCUGUCAAGUCCGCUCUCCUCAUGUCGCGAUUGCCUGCACAGUCGCUUUGUCCCGACGUUGAGCGACCUUCUCCGGCAAUUACGUGCAGUGACAUUUAAUAUCCGCUUAAUGAGUCCGAGCGGCGUCCCCGAACAGCGCGUUGAUCGCGCGUAUUUCGCGCAGUUUUGGGCGCGUUGUUGAAUUUUUCCCGCGUCGCGUCGUUCUCACUGAAAAAUAAAGAAGAGACAAAAAAUCAGCCUCGGAAAAAACAGACGUUGCAAAAAUGUGCGGCUGGAAAACUGCGUGCUUAGCGAAACAGCGUGCGCUUACACGCGGGAGAGCGCGCGCUGUGACGCCGCUGCCGCCGCCGCGAGACACUCUCGUUAGCGUCGCGAGAACGCUACCCCCAAUAUACGGUUUAGUUAAUCGUAACGCGGGAUCCCGCUACGUGUGAAGCUGAUGAGCGCGUUUUAACGAGCGUUUUCAGUUAGCACGGCUGGCACGACAUUCCUACCCUCGUUGGUCGACGAACAGCCCGCAGGACAUACACAUACACACACACGCACAUACAGUUUGUCGCUCUUGUGUGCCUCAAGUUGAUUCCCCCAGGUUGAAAGCUGGAAAGAGAAAGAGAGAGAGAGAGAAAGAGAGAAUGAGCAAGCGAGCCCUAUUAAUAAAUUCGAUUCGUCACUUCAGGUUAACUUCAGAUCAUCCCUUGAAGUCGCGAGACUGAUAGUCAUUGAGCGAUUUUUCCUUGUGCUCGAGAGACUGCAAAUCGGUGCCGGGCGUGUCGUGUAAUUCUGUCGACGACUAGAGAAAGAGAGAGAGAGGGAGGAAAUUUCUCCUUCGACGGCGUCGACAAAAUGCUAUUAUUUGGCUUCUCUUCUCCUCCAUCGUUCUGGAAACCGCUCCGGGCGAUGAGCGCGAAACUCGCUUUCUUGUUCUUUCUGUUGUUCUUCAUUCCCCUUUUCUUGACGCGCAUCAAAUUUGCGAUAGGCUAAAACGAAGGUAUCAACGUAGAAGGAGCCGCGUUCGUGAAAUAAAGAAGAUUGAAACGAACUCGGAACUGACGCGUUCUACCCUCCGGCGCAAAAGGUUAAUUAUCGCGUUAUCGCGGCGCGUCGAUGCGGGCGCGAGCGUAAUAAAGGAAUGCAAAACGUGCGUGCAUCGUCGCAAGGUCAGCGUGAUUACUUUUCGACCCGUCAAGACUCCCAACUUCUCGCGAAAACCAAUAAAUUCAUUGGAUCCUACUUUCCGAGAGCGGAUACGCAUUCCCCCGACCCUUCGCUCCCUCUCUUCCGUGUGGCUCAAGUUUUAAACUAGUAAAACUCUGCCAGCCUAAAACGUGAGGAGACGUAUAAGUAAAUUCGAUUUAAUAGCGCAAGUUGGACCAUACAUCACGAUUAAAGUGGAACCGACGCGCGGGCGGACUUUCCUCCGCCCGAAGAAAAACAACUCGUACGAUGUAUCGAGGGGAGAGCCGAGGGGAAUCUCGUGGGGGAAAAUCGUGUGUUGCAAUUCCGCGUUCUGCCGUGCGCGAUAUUUUCGUACACGAUGGCGGCUACUGCUUCACUUAUUCGUUGAUUUCGCGAGACUUUACAUUGUUCCAUUCUCGAACACGAUUCUCAGUCGCGAACGCCUUCCUUUCAACCGUGGAUGAUUAACCGCGCGGAGAAAAAAAUAUCAGGUCGCUUGCUUGCCCUCACUCCCUUCCUCCCUCCCUCGGAGUGAUGCAUUGAAUGUUUGAAACGCGUCGAGAAAUCAUAACAUCCGCAACGAAGCUCGGACGCGAAGGGGAAGAGAAUAGCUUCUCGUUCGAAUGUGACUACAUGUGCUGCUUCUCUUUCUUCGACCCGACGAAAUUUCCAGUGAAAGGGCAAAAGUUCGUGAUGGAUUUUGCGAUGAGUUCCUCACGCUAUUUAGCUAGUAUCGUAACUAUUACGUUCUCCUCUAUCCACGUACGUUGUGGUAGCCAUCAGAGUGUCAUGUUUUCGCAUAUUCAGCCACUCAAUAUAAAUAAUGGGACAGCGAAACUUUUCAUCGUCAUCGUCGCGACACGUACGCGUUUCCGUAUAUUAAUGCAACUUUGAUUGCUCGACAAAUAAUCUUGGAAGUGGGGCGCGCACUCCUUCGUAAAUGUCAAGUUCGCUCGACAUUUACGCUCGUACGAUAAUAACGUUGUUGUAGGAGCUGUCUUUGCGGCGGCAGAAAGUUGCUUAAUGGACAAAAAUGGAAAACGUUUCGAGAAAACAUUUCGCCGGGUCAAUCGCGUCUGCAAGUCUGGCUGGUGUAAAUUAUCAAGCAGAACUGGCCACUAUUCCGCGACGUUCCUUUAUUAUGCAACACCUCCUUGCGAGAAUUGCUCCGUUGACUCAUUUAUACACUUAGACCAUAUCACUCAGGUUAUUUUCUAUUUUUGUGUUCUAUUUAUCGCACUUAUCCGUGGCUUUCGUUAGGAAAAGGAGAAAAAUAAAUGUGAAAUUCUCAGGAUGAUACGCGAUGGAUUCGCGAGGAUAUUCGGUUAAGCAGUGGAUAGGAGAGGUGCGAGCCGUCUGGGAGAUCGCAGGGCGCUCCGUUCAUAGAUCCUUUAAAGUUGCCCGAGCUCGAGAUCUUUUAAACUCGAGUACGAAGUUGGCUGGUGCGGAAGAACGCCGCGGAGGCUCCGGCAAUUAAUCACUUAGCGGUUUUAUUCAAUUACGUCUCGUUGCGGAGCGGAGAGUGCCGUUGAAACUGGCGAGAGAGAAAGAAAGUGCGCGCGCGGGAGAGAGAGAGAGAGACAGAGAGAGGAGGUAAGAGAAGGUGAAGGAAUGUCGGGGCACGGAAACGGUACAGGGCGACCAGGAAGUUACCGUCGCCACUGAGGGAGCUUCGGAAACCUCGCAAAAGUGUUAUUCGAGUCGUGGGUCGCAACGGUGGUCUGCCACAACGGCAGGCGCCGUGCGCCGCAUCUCUCUCUCUUUCUCUCUCUCUGUGUGUGUGUGUGUCUCUGUCUCUUUCUUUCUCUGUGUCUCUCUCUAUCCGACAUGCGAAUAUAUCUAACGAAAAGCCAGGCGGGUUCUCCUUGCACACGCCUGAUGUGCACUCCCCGUGAGUUCAUCGAUCAUCGACGAUAAAGCCUGUCGAGUCGAAGAAGCCGAUUUACCCUUCGCCUUGGUGAACCACGCGAGAACGCUCGCGUCUUGCUCCUUUCGCUCAUAAUAAAAUACGCGAAAGAGAGCGAGACGACGGCGCAAGAGAUCUCGUGGUGUAUCAGGACGAAUUCACACGACUGAUCAUUAGAGUCGUAUUCAGUACAUUUUACUCUUGUCCCGCGGGAGCUCGUCUCCAGCACGACGUCACCCCCGUUUCUCACUCGGUCGGUGCGAAGUAGAAAAGCCACAUCUUUCUUUCUCUCUCUCUCUCUCUCUCUCUCUCUCUCUCUCUCUCUCUCUUUGCGUCAAUGCUGUUGACUUUUCGUUUCUUUCCGCGAAAGUUGUCGGACGACUCGCUGAUCCUCUUCGCGCUAUAGUUUCCUCUUCGGGUCGUCGAGGUUGUCCGUUAGCCCGGUUCUCCGGUUCUUGUUCUCGUGUCGCUAUAUCUUUGUCAUCUCGGGUCCCUCCUUGUUUCCCGUUGCUUCGGCAUUCUCUCGAUCGCGUAAAUUCAUCGCUCGUGCCGAAGCGGAUUCAAGGUGCACGAGUCCGCAGCCACGCCCGAGCUUUCUUGCCCGAGGCGCGGAAAUAAUCGGAAGAAAGAUGUCGUGCGAGUGAGCCAGGGACUACCUCGCGAUAAAGAAGCGGGAACGCGUCUCAUCUCGCUAUUCUUCGUCGUCGCGACGAAGACUCGAACGUGGACCUUUCCUCGAUUUGCAGAACGAACGUGGUCCACUCUCGUCGCCAACGAGUCUGCGAACGACGGUUGUCAGUGAUAACGCGUGACUUGUGAUUCGCGAGAGAUAUUCUACCAUCGCAUAAAGCAGGAUUCGCGGAAAUCCGCGGCUUUGAGAGAACGAGCGGAAGGAAGUCGCACGCGACAAUCCUUCGGGGAACGAACCUUCAGCCGAGAGGGAGUGCUAUGAGUGCUGAACGCGGGUUCUUUCGUGACGUUAAACGGCGAUCGGGUCGCGAGCGGUUCGAAAAACAUACCAUCGAGUGAUCGGCGCGCGGCGGGAAAGGACCGGACGUCGCGACGCGGAGGACCUGGUGGAUCUCAAGAGUGAGAAAGAGUGGAGGAAGGGGAAGAGAUCGUGCGAAGGACGACCAGGAAUAAGAAGAAGAAGGAGAGACGAGAAGCAGAACGGGAAUUACGGAAGCACAGUGUGUUCUUUUUGGUUACGCGGAGGAAAGCGAAGAGAAGCGUGUGCGGCGCAGAAGAGAGGCGGGGAAAGUAAGACGAGCUGGAGGACGACCGGGUGGAAGUAGCCUGCAGGUGGGAAGGAAGGUGAAAAAGAAGAUGCGGUGCCAUCCGAUCGUUCUCCUCGCCGGCCUGCUCACCGUCGUCCGUGCGCAAGGGGUCCCGCGAACAUUUUCGGCUAGGCCUUACCGAGGAGGACCGCCGUUGCCCACGAGAGCAGUCCUCGAUGGAUCGGCCGAGUUGCCGUGCGACAUUCGUCCGCCGCAGCAUAACGACUCCGCUAUCUUGGUCGUUUGGUACAAGAGUGAUAUCACACCGAUCUACAGUUACGACAUGCGCGGCAAGCAUUCGGAAAAGGCGUCGCACUGGAAAGACAAGGAGUACCUGAACGACCGGGCGUUUUUCCGAACGGUAUCGGACCCGGCAACUUUGAACAUUAACCACGUGCAGGAGAAGGACGAGGGCGAGUACAGGUGCCGAGUAGAUUUCACCAAGAGUCCCACCAGGAACUCCAGAAUCCACCUGACGGUGAUAGUGCCACCGCACAAGCCGAACAUUAUCGACGAACACGGGAACGCCGUCCCGGCGGUCGCCGGCCCUUACGAAGAAGGCGGUGACAUGAGACUGCAGUGCCUCGUCUCCGGGGGUCGCCCUGAGCCAAAAGUAAGAUGGUGGCGCGGCGAGACGCUUUUAGACUCCAAGGACGAGCCGGGUGAGUUUCCGUCGCUGCGUAGGAAUGUCUUGGUCGUGCAAGAGCUGUCGAGAGCAGACCUGCACGCGGUGUUCGACUGUCAGGCGUCCAACAACAAUAUCAGUCAACCCGUCUCGACGUCGGUGGCAAUUGAAAUGCACCUGAGACCGCUGAGCGUGACGAUACUCAGCAGCGAGCACGCACCCCUCAGCGCGAAUCGCAAGUACGACAUCAACUGCAUGACGGUCGGCUCGAGGCCGCCGGCCAAGCUGUCCUGGUACAUGGAUGGUAACAAGCUGACUAAUCACACAGAGAAGGUGUCGCAAGAUGGCAACAUGACGAGUUCCACCUUGGCAAUUCAGCCGACUCUGCUGCAUCAUGACAAAGUUAUCACAUGCAGAGCCGAGAAUCCCAUGGUACAACGCGGCACGGCCGAAGACACGUGGAAGCUUAACGUUUUCUUCGUGCCGAUCUUGCACCUGCAGCUCGGCACCAACAUGAAUCCGGACGACAUCGAGGAGGGCGAUGACGUGUACUUCGAGUGCCAGGUUCACGCUAACCCAGAUGCCUACAAGGUCGUGUGGAAGCACAACGGGAACGUGAUUCAGAAUAACGCAAAGAACGGCGUGAUAGUCCAGCAAUACGGGCUGGCCCUACGAGAGGUAAAUCGGUCGCAGGCCGGAAAUUACACUUGCGUCGCCAGCAACGUCGAGGGUGACGGCUACAGCAACAUUGUGGAGCUCAAGAUCAUGUACAAACCGAUCUGCGUGCCGGAGCAGAAGCGGAUUUACGGAGUAGCGAGGCACGAAGACGCUCGCGUGAUAUGCCGGGUCGAGGCGUAUCCACCACCGGAAAGUUUCCGUUGGGCCUUUAACAAUACCGAGGAGAUGGUCGACGUGCCGCAGGCGCGCUACAAGAACUCGACCAGACACACCCAGAGCGUCCUCACAUACCGGCCGGUCACGGAAAUGGACUACGGCACCGUGCUCUGCUGGGCGAGCAACACGGCUGGCCAACAGAAGAAUGCCUGCAUAUUUCACAUCAUUCCUGCAGGCAAACCGGAAGCUCCGUACAACUGCACGCUGACCAACCAGACCACCGAAUCACUCUCGGUGGAAUGCACCGCUGGUUUUGACGGUGGUCAGCCCCAACACUUCCUCCUUGAAGUGUUCGAUCAGCACACGAAGGUCCUGCAGGCCAACGUCACAUCCAGGGAGAACGCGGCUUUCACCGUGCAGGGUCUCGAGCCCGGCAAGGUCCUGGAUAUGAGACUGUACGCGGUGAACGCCAAGGGUAGGAGCGACACCACGCUGUUGGAGGGUUUCACGCUCAAAGUCGCUGAGAAGCAGACUGUGCGCGUUUUGUUCACAGGUACCCCGGUACCGUUCGAGUUCACCCCGCUGCUCGGGGGUCUGCUGAUCGGCGUCGUGACCGCCCUGCUGCUUGUCACCGUCACCAUUUUGGCCGCGCUGAAAAUGCGGAGCGAGAGGCGAGCUCAAAGGCCCGGAGAUUUACCUCUGAAGAAGGCCACCGCGCCGAGUUCCGAGGAGCUUUACGACGCGGACGACAGGAAUCCGGACGUUGUACCAACCAACAAAGAUUCAGAUUACCAGCUGACCGGGUCAACGUCCGGCACACCGUUAGCGACGCAAAACACACCGGACGGUCUUCCGCCGUCGUCCCUUCCGACCCAACAGACGAACAAUCAUCUGCAAGGACUUCCCGCCUAUUCGCAUAACGACUACACCAAUUACCCGACCUUGCCGCUAUCUGGCGAGGUGACAUACGCGGAACUAUGCCUGGCGAGGCCCACCACUCUGUCGACCCUAGCGACCGACGCCAAACUGGCGAGCCUUGGCGGAGUCGGCGGUUUGGGUGGUCUUCAAGGCUACGGGAGCGGUUUGGGGGUGAUAGUGGGCGGCAAGCCGUACGCGAAAGAGGCAACGGUAUACGCGUGCAUCGACCACAACGCGAGGCCGGCCAAGGUGGACGUUUCCAACGUGCCGUCGUGCGCGGCGACUCCUCUGUCGACGGCGAGCGUGCUCCAGGACUCGACCGUCUCCACUAUGAGCGGCGGCAAGCAGCACCACCCAGCGAGAGAGGUCGUCACCGUUCGUACGCCCCUCAUCUCGACCCAGGAGAGUUGUGUAUAGGGACGCGACUCUGACGCGCUCAACGUCAACGAGUACUACGUCUGAUAUGGCCGCCUCGUGGCGAUCGUGCGCGUCCUAAAAGUAACGACGGAUUCAUGGGACUUACUGCUACCAUUAUGGAGUUCAUAGUAACGUCCUCACGUUCUCUAAGAAGGAUACGUCUGAACAGAUGAAUGUCACGAGUUUCGUCCCCGGAUACGCGCGAGUGUCGAGCGACGUGGCUCGCGUCGGAAAGAGAGACACGUGGACUUUCGUCGAGGAUGAAACUGGUGCUGCUACUGUUACUACUGUCCCGUUUAGGGACAACGGUGUGUGACCCGUGUUCGGCGCGAACAAGCGAUCCGAUCGUGAGUCGGACGACGGUUCUGAACACGACGCGGAGAAUGAUCGCACUUCGCUCAAGGAUUCCGAAGAUAUACGUAACGAAAGGACAACAAAGACAUGUACGGACGCGGAUACAACUCAAAAAUCUUGCUCUUUCGCGAUCUUGUCAGUAUAGUCGGUGAUUUAUGAAAAUUCAAGACUGAGGGAAUCAUAAUUUUAAAGAAUACCUACCGAGAGAUAACGAUUCCAAUAUCGACUGCCAUGCACACAACGAGCGCGUUCGUUCGAUUCGGCGUUCCAUUGUGUCUCGAAUUUACGACGACAGGAUGCACUUUGUCAUGCGGAGAUGAAAACCCCAGGUAAGAGACAAGAUACCGCGAAAGUGCGCGGCGGAGGAGCACACUCGAACAGAGAACGAACAGAUCGAUCUUAACCGAGAGCUUUGCAGAGAAGAAGAGGUUUUUGAAUUUCGCCAAAAAUUCAUGAAAUUCUUUUUAUAUAUCGCGGUAAAAAGUAUCUUGAUCAUAUACACACAUACAGCACACACGUCGUAACGCGCCAUCGACUGAGAGCGUCACAGAAUUGCGAAACGAAUUUUCUCGAGCGCGAGAACACCACCCUCGUGGCCGCAUAAUCGUUCUGAUUCACGAGAGGGAGAGAGAGAGAGAGAGAGAGAGAGAGAGAGAGAGAGAGAGAGAGAGAAUAUCGUCCAAGACUCCGCGAAUAUAUUCGCUCGUGAGGGAUCCCGUCGAUUGACUGAAUGGUCGAUGGGCCGGAAAGGAACACGCCUAAAAAUGUAGGUUUCCUACAUUUCGAGAAUGUUCGUAGCGCGCGCAGAAAACGGCAAGAUCGAUGUGACUACGUCGCGACGGCGAACGUAGAUUUUCUAUCCCGGGAGUACACUUUGUAUUACAAAGUAGGUACCGAGAAUAGUGGGAGAUCGUCGCGUUGAGUGUAUUUUCGUAGAAUAGCGCGUCUUUAUCGGCGAUAUGCAUACGCGAGAGUAUCGUAUCGUGUCGAUUACGUCGCAUCAAGUGCAACGAUCAAUUUCGCGAGCGAGAAGAGCGAGAGGUGGAUCCGCGCAUGGAGGAGGUCGACCCUUGUUCCGCGAAGAUCCUCCAAAUAUUUCCGCCCGCUGCGGCAGUCACUGCGACGCGCGGAACAAGUGCGACGCAUCAAACACCGGGGUGACGCGCCGCGAGAAUCUCAACGCGAACAUCUCCUCGAUGCGUCGUUGUUGGAGACGUUAACCGUGCUAGUCAUUUCUUCGUUUUGCGUUUUCGAGCCACGUCCGGUUUACGAUUCACGGGACAGACCUGUUUCUCGCGCAGCAUCGUGCACGAUUAAUUAUCAAAAAACUAAUAAUUAAUCAGCUAGUCGCGCUGGCGUUUAACAAACGAUCGAUCCAUCGAUCUUCUCCGCGUGUAAUUGCGGGGUGGCUUUCGCGCAACACGUGGAAAUUCUUCCGCGAAUGUAAGUUAAAACUUGAAGCGUGUCGCGUCUCGGUGUAAGCUGAUUAAUUAAACUUGGGCGUAUCGACGUUUAACCCGACUUAUUUAGGAGCGGAGGUGGUAUCGCAACGCGCGACAACUUACGAGAGGCGGAAGUAAAUUUGCCGACUAUAAAAUAAGCGGAGACUAUCGAUCUUCUCCCGCGCGGACCGACCGAGGCCGUUCGUUACCCUUCCAAUCGUUUUACAUCUCUCUAGUCUAUUUAUACGGCUUUUCCUAUCUGACGCGCGCGCGCGCGCGCGAACGCACCGGGGAGCGUUGCCCUGCGUUGGCAUGUUUUUCGUCGGGCAGCGUGGCCCUGCGUUGACGUGUUUUUCGCCGGAGAGCGUUGCCCUGCGUUGGCGUGUUUUUCGCGCGCGCUGCGUUGCGCUGCGACGCGACGCGCACGGAGACUUUCCUACAAGAUGAAUACCUGACGUACACCGAUGCUCGGUUACGCGUGCGAGGACGUUGUAAAUAGUGACUAUUCCUCGUGCGCGAGGACACCGAAUAAAUCUAGAUUAAUUAUCGAAAUUACCGUGUGCGUUGAUUGAGGGUAAGUGAAUGAGAGAGAGAGAGAGAGAGAGAGAGAGAGAGAGUGCUCUGCACUCCUUAAAGAUAUGUAUAUUAAUUAAACAAACGUACCUUGUACACUGCGCAUCGUUUACCAGCGGCGAGCAACCACGUGUUAUCCCCGUAAUUAACUUUGCGUUGAGUUCGAUCGGAGGACAGUUUGCGACGGAAUCGCCAUUCGCGCACCGUGAAUAAAGACAAUAACGUUGCAGCGUCGUUAAAUUAAAAACGGCCCGCGAACGAUACGAGUUACAUCGCGCGGUGUUCCUCGAAACUUAAUUGAAGCUUAAGCUCUUCCUUUAUUUUCUUUUCUCUCGUAAUAUCGGCAAUAAGCAGUUUGAAUAACACUGUCUCUUUUUCUUUCUUUAUUAUCGGUUAUCGACUUUUGCAUCGCCAACGCGAGGCAGGUUCGUGCUUGCAAUCGCGCGCAUCAUUAAAUCAUUAGAGAGGAAACGCCCGAGGCGGGAUCGAAAAUGCGCCCAGCGCGCAUCUCUCCGGCAGAGAGGGUGAUUUACUCCAAUAACGGCGAUAAUAAUUUUACGGAUGCGGAUCUCGCAGGCGUGGGGUCUCCGCGACUUCAAUCCACAUCGGGUCGCGCGACACUAAACGCGAUAUAAUUCAUCGUUUAGCGGCCGAUUUAUCUUCGCUCUCCGCCGGUCCCUUUACGAAACAGACUGACGUGACGUGCGUUAUUUUACGACGAAAUCCUCAGGAUAAACCUGUGUCCCGGGACUGCCAAAACGCGCACAACUCCCGUACGACUGCCAUGUCGCAUUCAUUUUCAUUAAGUUCGUCGAGAAAUAACGAAGAGUGAUCGGAGAAGUAGUAGUACCUUUCACGCGUCGCCGUACGUUGUGCACCGUACAAAUGUACACGCGAGUACAUCUUAGAGAGAGUGAGUGAAAAAGAAAGAGAGAGAGAAAUAUAUAUACAUACAUACACACACAUACACUCACUCACACUCCCAUACACACACACAUAUAUAUAUAUGUAUAUAUAUAUAUUGGUCUUCGUAGCGUUUACGCGCAGCAGAGACAGUGUAAAUACUUUGUAUAUAAGGACAUCAAGAGAAAAGAGAGAGACUUUAUUUGCGAGAGAUGCCCGAGGUUAAACCCCCUACGUCUUCUUCGAGGGACGACGGAACAGGCACGAAGGAUCGUUAUCGACGGGUCCGUUAAAGGCAUUACGAGGUACGUUCUAUCAGGGAAACGUGUCGAGCGAUACCGUACCGGCGCGGUACACGCGAAAAAGGACGAGGAUAAUGAUCCUAGCGCGCGAAUUCUCUUUGCCUUAAGUAGAACUGCCCGGAAAUUUCGGAAUCAUUACGUCGCGCGAGUCGUAUCUUUAAUUUCUCCUCUAAUCGCGACGAGAUUGCCUCCUCGUUUUUUGAUGCGCUACAACCCGUUUCUUUCUUCUCAAUUUCAAUUCAUACAAACGUUAUCAACGUGCAACGUAAUCCGUUAUCGACCGUCGUCGUCGUCGUCGUCGUCGUCGUCGUCGUCGUCGUCAUCGGCCGACGAGCACGAAGUCGUGACGAGCGUUCCUUCGUGUACGCCCCCUUCGUAAUUUGUAAGAUAUAUGUUCCGAUGUACAGCGCCGAUAUUUUUUCAGAGUGUGCGUAAUACAAUACCUCCGCGUAUAUCGUGAAGUCUCAGGUCGCCCAAUUAGGAGGGCGGCCAUUUAAAGGGCGGAACUGUAUAAUUAAACGAUCGGAUUGCGAUUAAUGGUCAGACAAAGAAAUAAAGAUAUGUAUAUGUACGUGUACGUAUGUGUGUAUGCACGUGUGCCUGCGCUUGUGUGCAUGCGUGUGAGCACGAAGAUACGAAUCUAUCUUUCACCGUGUGUGCGCGCGCGCGCGCGUUUGUGUGUGCGUGCGUGAAAUGUGUCUGUGAAGCGCGUGCGCGUAUAUGUACGUAUUGUGCGAUUGCGGUAGCUCUGCGGCCGAAAAAGCGCUCCAGGAUUCAAAAUAAUAAAAAAGAAUAAAGAUAUAUGUGUGCAUGUACGAGUGUGUGUGCGCGCUUUUCUUGCCGUCUCAUAAUUUCUCUCGUGAAUUAUCUCGUUGCGGAGCGACUAUUUGCGCUGAUCCGACCGCGUUUAUCUCUCCGGCGAUCGACAAUACCGAACGUCGAGGUAAUUUCGCUUCUCGCGUGAGAGCGUCUUCGACGGAGAGACUGACGGACGAACGGAUGGACAGAUAGACAGAACGACAGAUCGAGAUGCAAUUUAUUUAUCCGAGUUAUUUUCGGACAUUAAAGUCGCGCUUUUCUUCCCGUUCUACAGCCAGAAGAAUGUCGCACGGUUAUCUUUUCGAUAAGAGGAUUCCUCGAGAGUUCACAGAAGGGUUGAAACGAGACGUUUCUCUCUUUUUCUUACGGGAACGUCCGGCGGCGCUCGAACGAAAUCGAAGUGGACGAAGAAAAGAAAAUUAUUCCUUCAGCACUCGGCGAUUGAAUUCACGUAAGAUCGAUUUUCCUCCCGCGUUUCACAAAAGGGCACCUUAACUAUAUGUAUAUAUAGAUAUAUACGCCGCGACCCGAACUGUUCUUUGCCUUCGUAUUGUGCCACUCUCUCGCGAGAUGUGCUUAAAUAUAAAAUAUUAUCUUCCGGUCUCCUAUUGCAUAACGAUACAAUUUCCCUACGUAAUUACUACGUUCUCCAGGUUCUCUGCAAUCAUAAUUAAACAAUACUUUUCGUUUUCUUAGAUUUGCAAGUUAAGAUUCUCCCUAUUGUUCCCGGUGAAAUUCAAAGAGGUCGCUCUUCCUACGUAAUUGCUUUGAGAAAAAUGAGGAGAGGAAAAAGAAAGAGGGGAACAGAGCAACGAGAAAUUUUAGCGAUUCUCGUGUCGGAGCAGUCGAGGUCCGCUUUUUUCGACAAAUGUUACGAUUUACUUCAUACGUGCCACGUACGAUGCACGGUACGCGAAGGGUGAUGAGAUCGCCCGGUAUACGGGCGCGCGGCCGUACACGUGUACAAAAGUUCAAUUGGCGAAGUCCUUCCGGUUUCGCAGGUAUUUUAAGCACGCGCACCGUUAACGAUCGCACUCGGCUUCUCCUCCUCACGGCAGCACUCCUCCGCCUCUUCCUCCUCCUGAAUUCUCGCUUCUCGCAUGCUACAAUACAUUCCACGUUUCCUGUCAAAUACCGCGCGGGCACGUGUGAAUGCGGUUCGUUUCGCCACUGCGGGAGAAUUCUGACGGUAAUAAAGAAACGAUGAUGGGCCACGCGCUCGCGAAUUUCCGCGCGACGAUCCCUGCACGCCUCCUCCCGCGAGUCCCGCGUUCACGUGAAAGUAAAUGAACAGCCGCAAUGAGCAAUUACAAGCUGAUACGAGCGUCGGCGUGGCCUUGCAUUUCAAAUACGUGUGUGCAUUACGGUAUUCGAGUAGUUUAAAAGUACGCGAGAUUUGUUCGCAGACGCGCGUGACACGCAGCUCUUUCUCGAUGAAUGAAUUCCAACUAGCUCAUUAUUCGCCCCUCUGUCUGUCGCGGAGGUCCACUGUGUCCCGGCCAAAGCGCUCCGCGCGCGCGAUCGAUCAAAGGUAACGAUGGCAAGGGCGGUCGCCGGGCGAGGGAGAAGCGCUUGUGCAAAAAAGCGGAGCGCUCGCGAAAUUUCGCGAAUAAGAAGCGACCGUCGGCUGGCUGGCCGACUAAGCUAAAUCGCCGGCUCGUUCGGACAGGCUCCGCUCGUUUCGUUUCACUACAGAGUCCUCUACUGCGCUUUGUAGCGGGUCUGCAUUGCGGCGUGCAUGCACCCGCCGCCAGCGAGAAGCCUCGGGGUUAAAGGUGACCAGGCGCGCGCGGCCGUGUGGCAGUUUCAAAAGAAGCCCCUACAUGAAAAUCUGCACCGGCUUAUCGAAUCUGAAAGUCAAUUUCUGCCUUCGUGGCAGACGGAGCUAGCGCUGCCGUCGACGCUGCCGUCGCCGCCGCCGCCCUGUCGUGUGUGCGCUCGAAUCUAUUAGCUUGUCCCGAAAGCACCAAAAGCGUCAAAAGUCUUUUUGCCGCGGAAUAUUCAUCGGCGCCCCGGCGCGGUUAUCACCGCGAUAACCGCCGCACAAUCCUGACUUUCUGCCAUCCGUAAUCCAUCCCGCACACAACACCGAUAUAUCCCGACAUCCAACCCCCGGUUUCUCUCACUCACCCCUUUCGGAUCCAUCCGAUAUCGGAUAUUCGAAUCGCACCGCAACGAUGUACCGCGAAUUUAUUGGUCGUUAAUAACAAUGACACGCCAAGUAGAAACGGAUUAAUGCUGCGAAUGGCAUAAUCGCGUGGUGCGGCCAGGGAAAAAUAAUUUGUCGUCUCGGAUUCUCUCUUGCGCGUCUCGUCGUUCACGUCGCAAUUUGUUACGCACUCGUGCUCUACGCACUUUCUCCGCGAUUCUCCGCUCGUCGUCGUCGUCGUUAUCAACGGUCGAUCAAGCAGUUUUAACGAGGCAAUUACCGGUCCAAUGCCGAAUUCCGAUCACGACGACGAACUUAAAUCGCUAAAUUGACAAAUUCGCGCAACCUCGCGUUUCCCCGAAAUUCCUGCCUUUUUAUCGCUGUUUAUCGCAGUGUCGUUUUACGUGGUAAUUCCGUCGGAAUAUUUGGCGUUUAACUGAUAUUUGGCUUCCACUUUGUGCCGUGGAUGUUAGCAGAGAACCACGAUCUUUUCUAUAACUUGAAUAACUGAAACUGUGACAAAGAGCCGGCGAAUCGCACGACUGUUACGCGAAUUGUACAUAAUCUCUUGGCACGUGAGUGAAACGUACGUUUGCGUGCACGCGCGUGUGUAUGUGUUCGUGUCUGUGCAGACGUGUGUGGAUGUGUGUGUAUGUGCGCUCGUUUGUACAUUCUCCCGUGAAAUCCACGGUCCGCGUGUGUGCGCGUGCGAAUGUUUCGUGAGAUUCCAUCUGGCGAGCCUGAUGAGAGAAACGCGAACGUGUCGAAAAUUGAAAUUGCGACGACCAUACUACGUGUAUCUACAAUAAUUAUAGAUCUCUCUCUACAAAUAUAUACACACCUCAGCGUAAUCAGAAUAAACGUGUUGAUAUGAAAAACGAUAAGAUGUCGGUCUAUCGACGCUUGGCUGACUUUAAAGCCAUCUAAGUCUUCAUUAGAUCCAUUUUCUUUCUAUAAAAAUCUGACAUCGAGAUAUAUCAUUAAUGAGAGAAAGACUAUUAUGAGCUUGUUUUACACGAAUCUCUUAAAACUUUCAAGUCAGCCAACGUUCAUCAUAAUAAAUUCUUGUGACUUCUUUAUCCGUCCCUAAAAAUCCUGUAUCUUUGCGACGAAUCAGGUGAGUAUGCUCAUUAUUAAUACGACUCGUAUCUCUGUAACGAGCACUUCGAUGUGUUUUUCCUUCUUUUUUCAAUAGAUGAAAUGAAA